ACAUUGCUUAUUGCGAGUCCAGACCCUCAGAUCCACUGGCCGGGGAUGGAAUGUACAAAAGUGGACAGAAAAGUGGCUGGACAUGACUCGGUGCAAUUUGCUGGAAGUUUGUAAGUUUGACCAUCGUUUGUAAAUUACUCUCGGAAGAGUUUGUCUCUCUUGAUACUGUGUUAGAAUAGAGCCGCCGGGGGUGAGGAAGCGUAAGCGGGAAAGAAGAAAAAAAUGUGUUGAAGGAUCUCUCUCAGUGGCUAGCGACUUCAGACUGCUUUCAUUUAAGGCUAGGAAACCGAAGAGGGAAUGAGGAUUUUUACCGGUGAUUGGAUUAGCUGAAGAAAAGAGCAUGGUCCAAAAGUCCAGUUACUGACAUUGUUAACAAUUGAAAAGCUAUCUCCCUCUUUUGGGAGAAGACAACAUCCUACAGUACCCCAAAGAGGAGAAAACACCGGAGCCAAGGGAAAGGGAGGAAAAAUUAAAAGCCAACAGACAGCCUCUCUUGAUUUUUUGUACAUUCUGAACAUUGACUUUGAAAAUUUUCAGAAACAGCACUUUUUUUCCUAACCCGAAGAAAAGUAAAGGCUGCAGGUUACAUAGACGUGGUAGAGAUGUGUUUCUCUGCAGAAACAUCCCCAUAAAAAUUUUUUCUGAAACAACUAGGUGAGGGGGAGUCCAGUCUCUAUUAAUACUCCUCUCAAUUCCCUUUGCUGUCUGUUUCUGUCUCUGGCUUGACAAUCCCUGAAUUCUUGCCCUAACCCCCAGAUCGUGUGUUUACAAAGUACCUAGGGGCUCUUGUCAGCCUGGUGGGGGGAAAAAAAAAAACCCACCAACUCUGUCCAACUUCUCGAGAGCUGUCAAAUGCAAUUAGAGUAAGUUGAUAAGGGUUUGUUUCCAACUAAUCCUCUGCGACUGGUUCUGCUCUGUCUCCUCACCCUCUUUUUACUAACUCCCCUCCCCCACACCUUCUCCACGGCUCCCCCCAACCUCUGAAGACCUCUAUUCAUGUGGCCCUGAACACUGAGCUCACAUUGUCAAAAACAGACUUGCCUGCAAUAGCCAGCAGUAGCCUCCUUCCACCUCACCAUCCCAGAGGCAGCAUUGUGUCCAGUAAGAUGGGGGACACAGCGCCCCCACAGGCCCCCACAGGAGGGCUAGGGGGGGCCCCUGGGGCGGGGCUCCUUGGAGGGGGCUCAGUCACCCCGAGAGUGCACAGUGCUAUCGUGGAGCGCCUCCGGGCUCGGAUCGCCGUCUGCCGCCAGCACCACCUGAGCUGUGAAGGACGCUAUGAGCGCGGUCGGGCUGAGAGCUCAGACCGGGAAAGAGAGAGCACCUUGCAGCUCCUGAGCCUGGUACAGCAUGGCCAGGGGGCAAGGAAGGCUGGCAAGCACGCCAAGGCCACUGCCACUGCGGCCACCACGGCAGCCCCUCCACCGCCCCCUGCUGCCCCUCCUGCAGCCUCUCAAGCAGCGGCGACAGCAGCCCCACCGCCCCCACCAGACUAUCACCAUCACCACCAGCAGCACCUGCUCAACAGUAGCAAUAAUGGUGGCGGUGGUGGGAUCGACGGUGAGCAGCAGUCACAAGCUUCAACCCCUGGGGACCAGAGGAACUCAGCCCUGAUUGCGCUCCAGGGUUCCUUGAAAAGAAAACAGGUGGGUAACCUGUCUCCCGCCAACAGCAAGAGACCCAAUGGCUUUGUGGACAACUCAUUCCUUGAUAUCAAGAGAAUCCGCGUCGGGGAGAACCUCUCUGCUGGACAAGGGGGCCUCCAAGUAAACAAUGGACAAAAUCCAAUUAUGUCAGGGACCUUGCCCAUGAGCCAAGCAUCCCUACGGAAGACUAACACCCUGCCACCCCAUCCUCCCGGAAACGGUAUCUUUAACAUGGGCUUAAAGGAAGUGAAGAAGGAACCUGGGGAGACUCUGUCUUGCAGUAAGCACAUGGAUGGCCAGCUGACCCAGGAGGCUAUGUUUUCCAAUAGGUAUGGAGAGGACCCUGUAGAGCAACUGAUGGACCCAGAGCUGCAGGAGCUGUUCAAUGAACUAACAAACAUUUCAGUGCCUCCCAUGAGUGACCUUGAGCUGGAAAACAUGAUCAACGCCACCAUCAAGCAGGACGACCCAUUUAACAUUGACUUGGGUCAGCAGAGCCAGAGGAGCACUCCCAGGCCCUCCUUGCCCGUGGAGAAGACAGUGAUCAAAAGUGAAUACUCCCCAGGUCUAACCCAGGGCCCCUCAGGCUCUCCUCAGCUGAGGCCCCCAUCUGCUGGCCCCGCCUUCUCCAUGGCCAACUCCGCCCUCUCUGCUUCCUCCCCCGUCCCUUCUGUGCCACAGAGCCAGGCUCAGUCGCAGACGGCCUCCGGGGCAAGCCGGGCCCUGCCGAGCUGGCAGGAAGUGUCGCAUGCCCAGCAGCUCAAACAGAUCGCGGCCAACCGCCAGCAGCAUGCCCGGAUGCAACAACACCAGCCCACCGCCUGGUCGGCCUUGCCCUCUUCAGCUGGACCGUCGCCAGGUCCAUUUGGGCAGGAGAAAAUCCCCAGCCCUUCUUUCGGCCAGCAACCAUUCAGCCCACAGGGCUCCCCCAUGGCCGGGGUGGCGGGCAGUGGUAGCCAGCCGAAGGGGAUGUCCAACUACAUGUACAAGGCCAGCCCGUCUGCCCAGGGAGGGCACCUGGACGUGCUCAUGCAGCAGAAGCCUCAGGAUCUCAGUCGAAGUUUCAUGAACACCCCGCACACGGCCAUGGAACCCCGUCAUGGCAACACUAAGCCUUUGUUCCAUUUUAACUCAGAUCAAGCAAGCCAGCAGAUGCCUUCGGUUUUGCCUUCCCAGAAUAAGCCUUCUCUCCUACACUACACCCAGCAGCAGCCUCAACAGCCGCAGCAGCCCCAGAGCUCCAUUUCAGCUCAGCCGCCGCAGCAGCCGUCCCAGCCCACCCAGGCCCUGUCCAGCCAGCCGUUGCUAAGGUCCCCCUUGCCACUCCAGCAAAAGAUCCUGCUUCAGAAAAUGCAGAACCAGCCCAUCACAGGCCUGGGGUUUCAAGUCUCCCAACAGCACCGACCGGAUCAACACUCUGUGGUCAGCCAGAACACAGGCCCCAGUCCAAGUCCCAACCCCUGCUCAAAUCCAAACACCGGAAGUGGUUACAUGAACUCCCAGUCAUCACUGUUGAAUCAGCAAUUGAUGGGAAAGAAACAGUCUCUACAGAGGCCGAUCAUGGAGCGAAAACAGCAGCUUCUCCUACAGCAACAGAUGCUGGUUGAUACGGAGAAGAUUGCUCCACAGGAUCAGAUAAAUAGACAUUUGACAAGGCCACCCCCAGAUUACAAAGACCAAAGAAGAAACACGGGCAAUAUGCAGCCGAACGCUGCUCAGUAUUCUGGUGGCUCAUCUACCGUGAGUUUAAACUCUAAUCAGGCUUUGGCAAACCCAGUUUCCACACAUACCAUUUUGACUUCGAACUCCAGCCUCAUGUCUACUUCCCAUGGGACAAGAAUGCCAUCGUUACCCACAGGAGUUCAGAACAUGGGGAUGUAUGGAACUCUGCCUUGCAGUCAGCCUGGCACGUACAGCGUCCCUUCAGGAGUGACUCAGCUGACCCAGCAGAGGAACCCAAACCAACUGAUAGCAAAUCAAAACAACCCUCUGAUGCCACGGCAACCUACCUUGGGGGCAAGUAAUAAUAAUAACGUGGCCACUUUUGGAGCUGGGCCUGUUAGCAAUUCACAACUAAGACCAAAUUUAACCCAUACCAUGGCCAGCAUGCCAGCACAGAGAACGUCAAACGUAAUGAUCACAUCCAGCUCAACAACACCAAACUGGGCCUCUCAAGAAGCAACAACCAAACAGCAGGAAGCCCUGAAGUCCACUGCGGUCCGCUUCCCCACAGGGACACCUGCUGCCUACACUCCAAACCAGUCCCUGCCACAGGCAAUAGGCAGCCAGCAGUUUUCCCAGAGGCCAGUGGCUCCUCCUAACCAGUUAACACCAGCGGUGCAGAUGAGACCCAUGAACCAAAUGAGCCAGCCAUUAAACGGACAAACGAUGGGUCCACUGAGAAGUCUGAACCUCAGACCCAAUCAGCUCAGCACACAAAUAUUGCCUAAUUUGAACCAGUCAGCAACAGGGUUGAGUCAGUCGAGGACAGGCAUAAGCCAGCCGCCAUCCCUAACACCAGGCAGUUUCCCUUCACCCAACCAAAGUUCCAGAGCUUUUCAAGGAACCGACCACAGUGGUGACUUAGCUUUUGACUUUCUCAACCAACAGACGGAUAACAUGGGCCCUGCCCUGAACAGCGAUGCUGAUUUCAUUGAUUCCUUAUUGAAGACAGAGCCUGGUAAUGACGACUGGAUGAAAGAUAUCAAUCUUGAUGAGAUCUUGGGAAACAACUCCUAAAGGAGAAGAGGGAGACAAUUAAUAAACUCCACACACAAAAAGGCAGUAUUUUACAAGGACACUGUAAAGGCCAAACUCUUGACUUUUAGUUGGACUACGUGAAGAUACCUUGGCUUACACAUGGAAGCAGAAAGUAACUACAGUGCUUGGUUCAAAUGGUUGUUUUAAGUCUCCAACCCAAAAGUAAAAUCUUGGGAUCACUCUUCCCUAUCUAAACUCCAGGACACAGUAUCCAGUUUGCCCAAACAGAACUGUGAUGUUGACGUGUAAUCAGUUGUGUAAAAUAGGUUUCCCGAGUUCCUUUCCUCCCUAAAAGAAAAGUAAUAGAGCUUGUGGCUAGUUAAACCCCACGUCAUACGGAGGUACCAGUUCCCAGCAACAAGGAACAAAUUCCUUCGUUUGCUCUAAUAGGUAGUCAGUGUGGUUUAAUCUUCCCACUCUUGUCUUUUCCUUUAAUUUUCCUAAAAUGUCCAGGGUAGAUUGGGAUGUUAUAACAUGUUAUAACUUGUUUGGAGUAACCAAACAGUUCUGCAAGUAGAGGAGAGCCCGAGAAACUAGAGAACAUCCAAUGGAUCAUAGAGUUUCUUCCCCAGAUUCACCUCUCACUUGGUCAGUUGUCCCACAUACGCCAUACUUCAGCAACAUGCCGUGUCCGGUGAUGAGACAAGAUUGCAGAGCUCUCCAACUUUAUUUGGGUUUCCACAACCCAUUCCUGAGUCCAUUUCCAAGUCUUAGAUACAAUCACAACUUGUCCUAAUCAUACUGAAAUAUUGGUGCAUACCUGUCUGCAUCAGAUUUCACUAUUUCAAAAAGAAAACAUCCCACUGGACAUGGCUACAAAGGAGAUUUAUCUAGCCACAGAUAACCUGGGGUGUUGCUUAUUGUGAUGAUGCCUGCUGGUUAGUUCCCAUGUUGAGUGAAAUUAAGCCUUGUCUUCCCUGCUUAUUUUGAUGACCAGAGACUGAUUUGUAAGAAAACGGAGAGAAGAAGGUAUCUUGUUUGGAUUGGAGAUAAGAAACAGAAGAUCAGGACAAGAAAUGGUGGGUAUGGUUGGAUACAGAUCUAUUUGACAGGGUUUGAAGGAAAGCGUAAUUGAGAGAGAAAACAAUCUGUCCUGAUUUGGGCAUAUUUGGGUGAACAGCUAAAGAGAAUGUGAUCCGUUCCAGUAGCAAUGUAUCCAUUCUUGGCUCCCUGAUGUGGUGUAUCGUCACCACAUGCUAGAUGAACCUGUGUAUCCAGGUUUUCUCCCUCAGGGCCGAGCACUGUAUCAAACAAAGAGUUUUUGUUGAGUCCUGUCACCUCAGAACCCACACACAGAUCAGCUAUAAAACGGAGAGGACGUGUGCUGAUUUGGAAUGGAUGCAAAACAUCACUAUCAUUUUCCUCAUUACAGAAGAACAUAAGUUAUCUUCAGCCUUUUUAGUUAUACACCUGCAUAGUCAAUUAUCAGGUGUAAUUUAACUGGACUCAUUUAAUAACUAAGUCUUUCAGUAUCUGUUCUAAAAAGAUCAUAUUUUGAAAGUUCUACAAAGCCCUCUGUCAACCCUUAAACUGUCUAGAAGCACUCUUCUUCUUUUACACAAUACCAACGUCUCUGGCCUGGAAUCUUUUCUGUGCUAGGUUGUAAAUAUGAAUAAAUGACUUCUUUUGUAAACUUUUGUAAAGAAUAUUUUGGUAGAAAUACUUAAAACAUAUUCUUUGGGUUAUAUUUAUACAUAUGUGAAAUAAAUAUACUAUCAAAAGGUUAUAUUUUAUACAAAAAGUAAAUUGUUACCUUUUGUAUGCUAAUAUACAAAGUUUUGUAUAAUAUGAUGGUUUAUUUUUAGCUCUACACUUAAACCGUAAGAGGUCAAGUGGGAACUUUUGAAAACUAUCAAGAGGCUUGUGUGACAAAUUUAUAUUCUGAAACCUCAAGAACAAAGCAUUCCAGGUUUCAAUUUUUUCUUUUUUUUUUUCCCUCUCCCAAAUUGUUUUUAAACCUUUAGUUCUUUUGUCUUAUUUGAUCCUACUGCUGUGCACAUUGUAUUGGUCCUUGUUGCAUGUGGUCUACUGUGUGUUUUCCCAUUUUAUAAAACAGUGUUUCUCCAUGCAAAAAAAAGGAAAAAAAUAUGUACAUACAAACACUUUUAUUUUAUGACUCCUCCAUGUUACUGUACAUAACGGCCAGCACUUCCCAGUUACACUCCUGUGAUUCAGCUUUUCUCUACCCUAACAUAAAUAGUAUGUUUUGUAGUAGCUAUCAAAUCUAAGAGAUUAAGCAAUCAGAAUGUUUGGAUUUUCUUCUAUCUUAAUGUGAAUUUCAUAAUUAAUGUCUAUUUAUUCAGCUAUUCAUUAAAAUACAGGAGUCUUUGGGGAAAAAUGGUGUAGUCUAUAGUUUCUGUUUUUUUGGCAGCCUAUGACCAAAGAUGAUGUAAUUUUCCUGAAAGCUGAGAUGAUGACAAUUUGAUAGACAGAAUGUGGCUAAAACUUUAAGAUUUACAAUGUAAAAGCUACUGGAAUCCAAUCUCCCAUUUAUAGAGAUACCAGACUACUUAAUUGUUGGCAUUGUUUAUCAUUCUGACAUAUUAUUACAGGAGGUAGAAGUCAUUUUUCUUUCUUUUUUUUAUUCAAAUACUAGAAAGCAGUUUAGGCAAAUAAUUCAUUCUUGGCUUUGUGUUCAGCCCAAUGAAGAUAAAUAACCCUGCUCUAAGUGAAUGCACUAAUACUACUUGCAUUACUGUAACUGCACCCAUGACUGUAAAGAUUUCAACUUGUAAAACAAGGAUUUUGUAUUGUGUGUAAUUUCAUGUGUUAAAAAAUAGUUU